UAUGUCUUUGGCUGGUGCAGCAGGCAACCAUGGCGAUGAGCACUUCCCCGCCGUGGCCCUGGGAAGCAGACAGCUACCCAAGGAGCCCAGGGGCAGCCCCAGCCCGGCCGACCUUCCCCGGGACGGCAACGCCUCCGAUAAGAGCGUGGACUACAGCCGAUCUCAGUGCUCCUGCAGCUUAAUAUCUUACUAUGAUUACUCAGAAGACUUUCUCUCUGAACAUUCAGAAAAAGCUGCUAAUGGAAAAUAUUUAGAGAAGCCUGUGAUAAAGGAAAAAAAGGAGAAGAAAAACUACGUUUCUGAACUCUUCCAACCUAAAGGUCAGAAGGAAAUCUCAGUUGAAAAAAAGCAGAAGUGGAAUGCAUCACUUUUAAGUUCUAAAAUCAAUAUGAUUACCCAGAGAAGAGAUGCCAUAACUCAGCGCGUGCUCUCAGCAAGGCUCCAUAAGAUUAAAGAAUUGAAAAACGAAUUAACUGAUAUACAUCGUAAGAUGGAAGCCACGGCCUUAGAAAACCAAUUAUUGAAACAGCUUGAGAUUAGGCACUUGAAAGCUAUAGGAAGAUAUGAGACUUCACAAAAUAAUGUACCUCAGAUUAUGGCUAAACAUCAGAAUGAAGUUAAAAAUUUAAGGCAGCUACUUAAGAAAUCCAAAGAAAAGGAAAGACUUGUAUCUCAGAAACUGAAAGAAACGGACAACAAACUGCUGAAGACCAAAGACGCCUUGCAGGCCCUGCAGGCACUCUGUGAAGACAGGAGUCUCGCAGAGCGGGAGGAGCUGACCGUAAGACUGGCUGCCCUGACCACCAAAAUGGAGGCCAACGACAAGCAGAUACAGAACUUGGAGAAGCAGCUGCGGUUGAACAACAAAGCCUUCAGCCGGCAGCUGGCCAUCGAGAACCAGAAGACGCUGGCCGCCCAGACCGCCAAGGACACUCUGCAGACGGAAGUCAAACUCCUCCAGCAAAAACUGAAGGAGAAAGAUCGAGAGCUUGACAUUAAAAACAUCUAUACUAAUCGGAUAGCGAAAAAUUUACACGACAAAGAAGAUUAUCCAAUAGUUUCUUCAACAAAAUCAGUGCAGACAGACAGGAAAAAUGUUCCAUUUACAAGUACAAGACAACAGGGGACCCAAAAAUCGGAAGACGUGCCAUCUUUGACAACUAAGAGUAAAAAGAUAACAGGAAACACUGGUCAUAAAGAAAAAUCUACUGGAAUAGUCCAUGUAAUUCCUCACGGUAGCAGUAAACUACCAAGCCAAGAGGAGUCCAAGAGAAAAUAUGAAGAUUUAUCAAAGGAAGAGGAGCAUCUGAAAGUACCAGCAGCUCUGGAGAAUCCUGGAAGACAGAGAGAGAAAAAAGCAGAUCAAGAGAAGAAAACCACUUUAGAAAUAGAACAAGAACUACCAUCAAAAAGAAUCCAAGUCAUUCACCCUGACCGGGGAAGCCAACAGGAAAAUGAUGCAGCAAAAGAAGAGCUUAAAAAAAGUAUCCCCCAAAGCGACAUGGAGGAGGUACCAAAUAAAAAUGUCCACACCCCCAAAAUACACCUCCGACAAAGAAAGCAUUAUUUAUUCUCAGAAGCCACGGAAAACCUGCAUCAUGGGCUUCCUGCGUCCGGUGGGCCAGCCAAACCAGGUGCCUGGCGAUGCAACCACAGCAUAGGCAAACAGCGCGGGGGCGCCCAAGAGCUGAAGCCCAGGCACUCCGGGGGCAGGUACGAGCCCUCUUUUGGUAAGUCUCCCAGAACAAAAGCAAAAGACGAAACUUUCAGAGCAAAGAAGAGCAAUCUCAUGGAGGAACUCUUUGGAUCAGGCUGCGUCUUUAAAAACGACCAAACAAGUCCUGCUACUGAAGGGUCUGAGGAGACGUGGACGAGUAAGAUGCAGCAGCCACCCUCUAGUCAGGCCUCUGCCAGCAAUGCGUUUGGAGAUUCUAAAGUAACUGUGGUGAGUUCUGUUCAGUCCUCGUCACCUACAGAAGGAAACAUGAAAAUAAUUAUUUAAAUAAAAUCGAUAUUCUAAUACA